CCGAGUCUGGCGGGGUUCUGCCUUCUUUUUUACGAGGGCCGUUUCGAGAGAGUGUUGAGAGGGAGCAAAGAGGUUUUUUCCACAGAGAGCUGACUGAUAUUUGAAGAAGUAUUCUCUUUUAUUGAAGAAAAAUAUGAUGUAUUCAUCCCAAGUCUCUGUCUUGCUGUUAAAUAUAUGCAUAUUUAUUUGUGGAGAAGCUGUACAAGGUAAUUGUGUACGUCAUUCUACGGAUUCUUCAGUCGCUAAUAUUGUAGAAGAUGCAGCUAAUGCAAAAAAUGAAAGUCAAAGUAAUGAUACCAUUUAUAAGGAAGACUGUGAAGAAUCAUGCAAUGUUAAAACUAAAGUUACACGAGAAGAAAGACAUUCAAUGUGUAGAAAUCUGCAAAAUUCUAUUGUUUCCUACACACGAAGUACCAAAAAACUACUAAGAAAUAUGAUUGAUGAGCAGCAAGCAUCCCUGGAUUACUUGUCCAAUCAGGUUAAUGAUCUCAUGAGUCGAAUCCUCCUUCUGACCACAGAAGUCUUUAGGAAGCAGCUGGAUCCUUUUCCUCACAGAACAGUCCAGUCACACGGUUUAGAUUGCACAGAUGUUAAAGACACCAUUGGCUCUGUCACCAAGACGCCAAGUGGUUUGUACAUCAUCUGUCCAGAAGGCUCUAAUUACCCAUUUGAGGUAAUGUGCGACAUGGAUUACAGAGGAGGCGGAUGGACUGUGAUACAGAGAAGGAUGGAUGGGAUCAUUGAUUUCCAGAGACCAUGGUGUGACUACCUGGAUGGAUUCGGUGACCUUUUAGGAGAAUUUUGGCUAGGACUAAAAAAGAUAUUUUACAUAGUAAAUCAGAAAAACACCAGUUUUAUGCUGCACGUGGCCCUGGAAUCGGAAGAUGACACAUUUGCUUAUGCUUCUUAUGAUAAUUUUUGGCUAGAGGAUGAAACAAGAUUUUUUAAACUGCACUUAGGACGGUAUUCAGGAAAUGCGGGUGAUGCAUUCCGGGGCCUCAGAAAAGAAGAUAAUCAGAACACGAGGCCUUUCAGCACAGCGGAUGUUGACAAUGACGGCUGCCGCCCUGCCUGCCUUGUUGGGGGCCAGUCUGUGUGGAGCUGCAGCCACCUCAGAAAUGGCACGGGCUGGUGGUUCAGCCAAUGUGGCCUGGCAAACUUGAACGGCGCCUACCGCUUCCCUGGAAAGCUGCCUGCCAGUGGGAUCCAGUGGGACACCUGGGCCCGGAGUGAGUCGCCCAUCAAGAUUAGAGCUGUCUCAAUGAAAAUCAGAAGAAUGUACAGUCCAUAGAGUAACCGCACUUGCGGUUGUGUGCAGGUCCUGAAAUUAUGUUUGAUAUUAUGUUAAAGAUUGUACAUGGUUUCUCUCUUUACUAUGGUUUCUAAAACUACAGAUGACAGUUUGGGAUUAGAGGUUUAAUCUGAAAACUUCAACUUUGUAGCAUUUUAUUAAAAGAAUCAUGUCAUACUAUGUUUUUACUGCAAAUAAUACUAAUAAGAUGUAAUACAAUCUAUUUUGAAUGAAUUACAACUUGUAAUCCUGAAAUUUGCAGUGCUUUUAAGGGAAUCUGUCUUCUUUUUGAAGCAUUUAAACCAAGAUGUUAGAAAAACUCAAGAAAGUACUUUAUAUAUUAGUAUAUUCAUUUUAUAUAAUUAGUUAUAUAAUGUACAGAUACUUUAUA